UGUUUACAUGCGUUUGUACGAUAUAUAACUAGCCCCGCCUCUUUGCUCUAGUUUCAUAACAAUAAUUUUUAAGUCGCGUUGUCUACUACUAUUGCGGAUAUUUCUGAAUCUACAAAGGGACAGCACUUCACAAUUAUUGAUCACACUUUUUAUCUUACAAGGUCAAACCCCGAAUUAGAUAGAAAGAGCCACGGAUAUCUAUAGCAGGCAAACAGAGGCCAUCUGGCAGAGCAUCGCACUCCGGCCCCCAUCGCACGAGGCAUGCAGACACGAGCUUCACUGCACAGCCAGCCAGCCUAGCCUAGCCGCGUAGGCCGUAGCCGUGGUGUGAUUUGAAGACGUUCCCAUUCUGCAUCUCUGCUACUAGCUGUGAGCUGUGUGGAGCUGGAGUGCAAUGUCUUAUAACAUUUGUUUGUAACUUGCUGCAUAUUUUGUAUACAGGGAGCUACCAGUAGUAGUUGCAGUUUACUUGUAGAGGCAGGCAUCUAUGAUCAGUGCACAAAAAUGGGAGACUGGGAAGUGUUUGGAUUUUCAGCCCUCGUUGUGAGUCUCAUCGUGGCUGGAGUGAAGAGGAACUCGAUUGUGAAUUUCAUCCAGGAUUUCAAAGAUGUAUCAAGUUUAGCGAAAGCUCUUGUGGGCAUUAAAGUAGCAGGGAGAAAGAACAGGACGAUUCUUCAUUCUCUUUUAGAAGGAGCGUCACGUUAUCCAGAUCGGCCUUUCUUGCUGUAUCAAGAUGAGAAAUACACGUAUGCAGACGCUGAGGCUGAGUCGAACCGCAUUGCCCGAUGGGUGAAGACCAACUCUGACCUCGUCCAGGAGGAAACUGUGGCUGUUCUUAUGCGGAAUGAACCGGCUUUCAUCUGGGUUUGGCUGGGGUUUGCCAAGCUAGGUGUUGGAACCAGUCUUCUCAAUCAUAACCUGAAAGCAGAAAGCUUGAUGCAUUGCAUACGAGUCAGCAAUGCAAGGUUCUUGAUUAUGUCAAGAGCUUUCAUCGACAUCGCCAAGGAACUCCUUCCUGAGCUCCAGCAACUUGGAAUCAAGGUUUGGGUCCUCGGUAGCGCCUUCAACGGCACAGUAAUCCCAGAUGGCAUGGUUGCUAUGGAAACCAGUCAGAUGACUGGAAAUCCGCUUCCACCCGAUCAGUUAGCUCCCAUCACCCACAGUACCAUAGCAUCACUGAUCUUUACCUCUGGGACUACAGGUCUUCCAAAAGCAGUGAAAGUGCCCCACAAGACCCCCAUCAAGGCAUACCAUGCCUGGACACUAAGCGGGGGUCUCAAGCCUACAGAUGUCUUGUAUGUAUCCCUACCUCUCUACCAUUCCUCAGGCCUUCUGAACGGUGUCCUUAGCUGUCUCAGUUCAGGUUGCACAGUAGCUUUGGCACCCAAAUUUUCAGCGUCGCGCUUCUGGGAUGACAUGCGCAAGCACAAAGCCACGGCCUUUCUCUACAUAGGUGAAUUGUGCAGAUAUCUCCUGGCGCAACCUGAAAAGCCUGAUGAUGGCAAGUACCCCAGCCCUGUGAGACUAGCAUAUGGCAAUGGCCUAGGGGCAGACAUCUGGGAACGCUUCCAGAAGCGUUUCAACAUUGAGAGGGUCGUGGAGUGGUACACUGCCACUGAGGCGUCUGGAGGUUUCAUCAAUACCGACGGGAAGGUCGGAUCUGUUGGGAGGUACUCCUGGCUGGCAGAGAAACUUGCAGGAAAUUGUGUGGUAGUUGAAUGUGACUUUGCCACGGCCCAGCCUGUCAGAGGGCCUGAUGGGAAAUGCAAACCAGUUCCUAGAGGUGAGACAGGGCUGAUGCUGUUCAAACUGGACAACUUCAACAAGUUUCUUGGCUAUCGCGGUCCCUCGCAGCAGACCCAGAACAAACUGGUCCAUGACGUUAAGAAGACCGGUGACCUGUUCUUCAAUAGCGGUGACCUGAUGAUGGUUGAUGUAGAUGGCUAUGUCUACUUCAAGGACAGGCUAGGUGAUACAUUCAGGUGGAAAGGAGAGAAUGUAUCGACGACUGAAGUAUCAAACGUCAUGAGUAGAUUAUCAUCCAUAAUGGAAUGCAACGUGUAUGGUGUAGAGGUACCAGGUUGUGAGGGAAGAGCAGGAAUGGCUGCGAUCGUCCUCCACGACGGUGACAGUCUAGAUCCCAAGCACUUCUUUGAUCACGCUAUCAACCACCUCCCGGACUACGCAUGCCCCAAGUUUAUCCGUGUCAUGACGGAGAUGGACAUCACCAACACCUUCAAGCACAAGAAGAAACAGCUGGUCAGCCAGGGAUUCAACCUCGAGAUGAUCUCUGACGACCUCUACGUUGUCGACAAGGUCAAAGGUUCCUACGUUCAAAUAAACCCUAGCAUCAUGGAAAGUAUACAGAGGCAAAGCUACAAACUUUGAGUGGACAUGCACCUUUUUCAGGUUGAAUUUCCUUCUAAUACUGACUUAAUCAAACAGUUAAUAUUUGCAGAUUUUUACUUACCAGGACUGAGAGAUUGGACAUUUCUAAAUCCAUCUUUUCAUAAUUAAUCUUUCCUUGAUGUGUUGGAGUACUGCAAAUGAGACCACUUUAAUUUGAAAUUUGAAAUUUAUUUGAUUUCCAGGUACAUGUAUAAACAAAAUAGAAAUGACAACACAGAGCAGACGCCUGAGGAUUACCUAAAAGAAUUUCCAUUCUUUCAUGAGGUUCUCCACAUCCACUGGUGUUACAUAUAAAUAGAUUUAAGAAGUAACGGUAAAAUAACAUAAUAUAAUUCAAGUUCAUCCAUCAAGCAUAAUAACUAAUAGAAUGAUUGCAUGUAUGUUGAACUUUGUGGCAUGAAGAAAAUAACAAUCAUGUACGGCAUGUAACGGUAAAAUAAAAUAACAUAAUUCAAGUUCAUUCAUCAAGCAUAUUAACUUAUAGAAUGAUUGCAUGUAUGUUGAACUUUGUGGCAUGAAGAAAAUAACAAUCAUGUACGGCAUGUAACAGUAAAAUAAAAUAA